CACCGUCCCCUCUGGGCCCUACGGCGGCCGGCGGGGGACAAGCGGCGGCGCUGUGUGAUUGCGUCAGUGCGUGCGUGUGUGCGUCACUUCCGUCCGGCGGCGGCGGGAGCACCAUGCCCAAGUUUUACUGCGAUUACUGCGACACGUACCUCACCCAUGACUCGCCCUCCGUGAGGAAAACCCACUGCAGUGGCCGGAAGCACAAGGAGAACGUGAAGGACUAUUACCAGAAAUGGAUGGAGGAGCAGGCCCAGAGCCUGAUUGACAAAACAAUAGCGGCUGCAUUCCAGCAAGGGAAAAUCCCACCGACGCCGUUCUCGGCACCACCUCCGGCCGGAGCCAUGAUCCCACCUCCUCCCAGCAUCCCUGGCCCCCCCCGGCCCGGGAUGAUGCCAGCCCCACACAUGGGGGGGCCCCCGAUGAUGCCAAUGAUGGGCCCACCCCCCCCGGGAAUGAUGCCAGUGGGACCCGCCCCCGGGAUGAGGCCACCCAUGGGAGGACACAUGCCCAUGAUGCCGGGGCCCCCGAUGAUGAGACCCCCCUCCAGACCCAUGAUGGUGCCAACCAGGCCGGGAAUGACCCGUCCAGACAGAUAAAGGUGGAAAUGGAGCUGCCUUUUCAUACUGGGAUCUUCCCUAUGGCAAAUACCACAGACCCAUGUCCCUGGGGUUUUGUCCUGGGUGUGUGUGGGGGCUCUGCCGUCGCCUCAGCAUGGACACACCCUGCACUGACUGCUGGAUGGGGUCUGGCUUUUGGGGCGUUCUUUUUAAUUGUGUUAUAUUUUACCCCCCACUGAGUCGUAAAAAUAACAAUAAAACAUUGAUGUUGUUUCCAUA